AUGGCAGGAGCGUCUGCUGCAGACGUCCGUAGUAUCCUCUCGCUACCGAACCCGUCAACCCCCGGUCCGUCUCAGCCUCGCAAGCCUUCCAAUGCCGGAGAACGCGCACGCAAGCCCGAGGGUAUAUCUAGAGAGCUAUAUUCUUUAAUAGGGCCUUCGGCUCCAUCGCUCGCCGCGCAAUUCGUGAAGCCUCGCCUAAAGCAGAAGCCCAACUUUGGGAGCGGCGGUAGAGUUAAAUGGGAAUGGCGUCCCUUCAAGAAUGGCGCACGGGCGGACUCUAUGAGACUUCAUCACUGGGCAAAGACAGGGACAGAUCCUGAGGCUGACUACCCCUUCGCAAAAUAUAACAUCCAGCCAAUAUCGUUUGUCUAUUCACAAGACGAGUAUACGCGAUUGUUGGAAGAUCAGGAAUGGACCAAGGAAGAAACAGACUACCUGUUCGAGCUCGUCCGUGAAUAUGACCAGCGUUGGCAUAUCGUCCAUGACCGCUACGAAUAUAUUGGAGGGUCAGAGAGAAGCCUUGAGGACCUUAAAGAUCGCUACUUCACUGUCUGUCGCAAACUUGUGAAGAACAGACCAUGGGCUGGGGAUGAGGCUAGCAAAUCGCAACUCUUGUCGAGCCUGCAAUUUGACAAAGAGCGAGAAAUCACGCGCAAGAGGUACAUCGCCAGUCUCGAGAGUCGCACGCCGCAGCAGAAAGCGGAAGAGGAUGCUCUGUAUGUCGAGCUGAAGCGUCUUGAACAAUCGGAGAGGCGGUUCAAGCGGGAACGAGACGAACUUCUUCGCACCCUCCUCGGAAUCGAAUCCGGUCUGUCUGAGCUACCACUGGACGAGGAGGGAAUUGCCACUGGUCCUCCGGAUACGAAGAGGAGGAAGAAGGGAAACCACACCGCUGAACCAGACACGCCGAUCUCGGCGACACCCUCGUCCAACGUCAUAUCACUAGGGCAACCUCAGCCGAGAAAGGCACAGACCGCGAAGUCUGCAGCAUAUGACGCUCUGCAUUUCAUAUAUCGAACUGAGGUACCACCGACUACAACUUCUACCACGAAGGCUUCGCAUCAAGCAGCUUACCUGCGCUCGUAUAAACUACCCCAACCCAAAAUUACGUCCGCAGCGAAGGUCGCUCAGGUGCUCGGAGAAAUUGGUAUCUCCCAUGGGCGUCUCGUCAUGCCCACUCGAGACAACUGCGUGCAAUUAGAGAGCUUGCUCGAAGCCGCCACAGCGCUUGUUGAGACCAAGAAGGUUGUCGACAAGGUGGAGCAGGAUAUCCGUGUGCUGAAAGCUAGGCUCGGAAAACGAGAGAGCGAAGGAGCUGAGGAUAGCUUCGGUACUGGUGAGGCAGCGCCGACACCCAUGGACGUGGACGAGGUCGAGGCUGAGGCAGACGGCCGCGCACAAAGCGUGGUGAGCACGAGGAGUGCGAGGAGCGUCCGGAGCCGGAAACAGUCCCGACGGUCCAUGUCUAUCUCAUCGGUAGACACCUCUGCUGCAGGUGCAUCUAGAAGGCAGAAGCGUCAGAGGGAUUGA